AUGAAAAAUAAUAAAUCUAAAUACGGCUCUUCUAAUGAUAAAAUCCCUCGCCCUUCUAAUCCCUUUAUGAUAUAUCGUAAAAAUUACGCUGCAAAAAUGAAGUCAAUGCAUUUGGCUGUACGUACAACCAAAACUUCUGUGAAAGUAGCCAAAAUCUGGGCCCAAGAGUCUAAAUCGGUGAAAAGAUUCUUUGAAAUUUUAUCUUUGAUGGCCAAGAAGAAUCAUUUAUUGAUGCAUCCGGAUUAUAAAUUUCAACCCGAUAAAAGCAAGAAGCAAAAAGGAUUGAAGUUUCGUGAGUUUUGUUUGAAGAAAUCGAUUAACAAAGAUAAAAACUCUAAAAAAUCUCAUGACUUAACUGUGGCCACACCGACCACCAUUAGAUCCAUAACUGACGAUAAAAAACAAUCUUUCGACAAUUUAUCCAAAUUUCAGCAAGAAACUUUACUGUCGCCUAAGCAAAAAGCUCUUUAUGUUCCACAAUCACCUCAAAUGUUAGAUUAUGGUCUUCCUGAAAUUGAUCCAUUUUUAUUAUUUUCUUAUCCAUGGGCAUAUUAA